UCGGCGCGCGCAUGAGUCAGUGCGCGGAGGACUCUCUCUCUCUCUCCAUCUCUCUCUCUCCAUCAUUUAUGAUCGCUGUUUCUUUCCGCUGUUCAUUUGCUCCGCGUCUUCGAUCACUCUACAAACCCACGGACGUCCAAAAGCAUGUUUUUAACGCGUCCGCCGGCCACGCGCCUCUAGAUGUGCACCCGCGCGCGUAAAAAGCCUCUCCAUUCAGCAGCGCUCCAUCUCGCUCCUGAGAAGAAAUACCCAUUUUUUCCGCGCUGUUUUUGGCUGUUAAAUGUUGAAGCUUGAAUGGCUGGAGCUCAACCUGGCGUUCACGCGCUUCAACUCAAGCCGGUGCGCGUGUCCGAGAGCCUGAAGCGAGGCAGCAGAUUCAUGAAAUGGGAUGAGGAUUCUUCAACAGUGACUCCAGUGACGUUACGUGUGGAUCCGCAGGGAUAUUUCCUGUACUGGACUGAUCAGAACAAGGAAACUGAUCUGCUGGACAUCAGCUACAUUAAAGAUGCCAGAACGGGGAAAUGCACCAAAACACCAAAGGAAGCAAAGCUCCGGGAGCUCCUGGAUGUGGGGAAUCUGGUGGGACGGAUAGAGAACCGGAUGCUGACGGUGGUGACUGGACCCGACAUGGUCAACAUCCAGUACCUGAACUUCAUGGCCUUCCAAGAAGACGUCGCCAAGGAGUGGGCAGAUGAGCUGUUUAGUCUGGCCUCAAACCUGCUGGCUCAGAACAUGUGCAGAGAGUCCUGUCUGGAGAAAGCCUUCACAAGACUCAAGCUGCAGACAAAUCAAGAGGGUCGAAUCCCUGUGAAAAAUGUUUCCCGCGUGUUCUCCACGGACCGGAAGCGUGUGGAGACAGCGCUGGAGAGCUGUAAUCUGCCGUCCGGCCGGUGUGUGUGUGUGUGUGUUUGCAGUGGAGCGAAGAGCAGAAACUAUCUGAGCAUGGAGCAGAUGACUGAGUUCAUCAAUAAUAAGCAGCGAGACCCUCGUCUGAAUGAGAUCCUGUACCCGCCGCUGAAGCCCGACCAAACACACGCCCUGAUGGAGAAGUUUGAGCCCAACGCCGAGUUCAUUCAGAAAGGGCAGAUCUCAGUGGAGGGCUUCUCCAGAUACCUGAUCAGCGAAGACAACAGCGUCAUCCCUCCAGAAAAACUGGACCAGAGUGAAGACAUGACAUACCCUCUGUCUCAGUACUUCAUCAACUCAUCCCACAACACAUACCUCACAGGUACAGCAAACACACACGCAUGCUUGUUUUUAUUCAACAAGUCAAAUGCAUUUUUAAGACUAAUUGAAAUAAUCGCUGUUGUUUUGCAGGAAGUGAUUGAAGCCAUAGCGGAUUGUGCAUUUAAAACAUCUCCGUUUCCUGUCAUUCUGUCCUUUGAGAAUCACGUGGACUCCCCCAAACAGCAAGCCAAAAUGGCAGAGUACUGCCGGUCCAUCUUCGGGGACGCUUUACUGACCGAGACGCUGGAGAAAUAUCCGCUGGAGCCUGGAACUCCUCUACCCAGUCCUCAAGAGCUCAUGGGCAAAAUCCUCAUCAAGAACAAGAAAUCUCACCCCAAAGCAGCCGAUGGCAGCACCAAAAAAAAGCUGUCUGAGCAGGCGUCCAACACCAACAGCGACUCCUCCAGUGUUUUCGAACCAUCUUCUCCCAGCGCUGGCCCUGCAGGUACUCAGAAGAGUCAGAGCCAUGUACUGUUGAUUUCUGUGGAGCAAACAUUGAUAGUAAUCACCAUAGCGACCUGUGACUUUAGAGUAAUCACUAUAGCGACCUGUGACUGUAGAGUCAUCACCAUAAUCAUAUCAGGUCAGUUUCUGACUGACAGGAAGGUGGGCGUUUAUGUGGAGAUUGACAUGUUUGGACUUCCAGUCGACACAAGACGAAAAGCGUUCAAGACAAAGACGUCCCAGAGCAAUGCCAUCAACCCGGUGUGGGAUGAGGAGCCCAUCGUCUUCAAGAAAGUGGUGCUGCCCACAUUGGCUUCCCUGAGGAUCGCAGUGUUUGAGGAGGGAGGAAAGUUCAUCGGUCAUCGCAUCAUUCCCGUCUACGCCAUCCGCCCCGGUUAUCGUUACAUUGGUUUGAGAAAUGAGAAGAAUCAAGGGCUCACUCUUCCUGCUUUAUUCGUCUAUAUCGAGGUGAAAGACUACGUGCCUGAUACUUUCGCUGAUGUGAUUGAAGCGCUGUCCAACCCCAUCAGAUACGUCAACCUGAUGGAGCAGAGAUCCAAACAGCUGGCGGCACUGACACUGGAGGAGGGAGAGGAGGAGAAGGACACCAAAGAGGCGGAUCCGGGUGUUGAAAACCCGUCGGAGGUGAAAACUGAACCCAAACCAGCUCCGGUUGAAAAUGGAUUAAGUCACGCACCCAGCGCCGCUCCAAAACCUGCAUCCCAGAUCAGCACACAGCCUCAGUCCACCGGCUCGACAAAACCGGCAGCAAAGACUGAAGAUCUGAUCCACAGCGUCCUCACCGAGAUGGAGGCUCAGAGUGUGGAGGAGCUCAAACAGCAGAAGGGAUUUGUGCGCGAACAGCGACGGCACUAUAAAGAGAUGAAGGACCUGGUGAAGAAACACCACAAGAAAACCACAGAGAUGAUCAAGGAGCACACGGCCAAAUACAACGAGAUCCAGCACGAGUAUCUGCGCAAGCGCUCCGUCCUGCAGAAAUCUGCCAAACGAGACGGUAAGAAGAGGUGUCUGUCCUCCAGUCCUGAGCACGGGCCGUCGUUCUUCGAGCAGGAGCUUCUUCAUCUGGAUCAGGACAGCGCACAGAAGCUGGCGGAGCUGAAGGAGCAGCAGCAACAGCAGCUCCUCAACCUGCGACAGGAGCAGUACUACAGCGAGAAAUACCUCAAGAAAGAGCACAUCAAACAGGUGAUCGAGAAGCUGACGUGCAUCGCGGAGGAGAGUCAGAGUGGUCAGAUGAAGAAGAUCAAGGAGCUCUGCGAGAAAGAGAAGAAGGAGCUAAAGAAGAAGAUGGACAAGAAGAGGCAAGAGAAGAUCAGCGAAGCCAAGUCAAAAGAGAAACACCUGACAGAGGAAGAGAAGCUGGAGAUCAACAGGUCGUAUGUAAAUGAGGUGGUCCAGCACAUCAAGAGGGUAAAAACACACUCAUCAUCAUCACUGACAUACUAUUUUAUGUUAACAUGCUCUGAUGAUUUGGGUGAUUUUCUGUUAAUGUGCACUAAUGGACAAUUUUGGGUCAGUUGUACUGUUUAUUAUUGUGCAUAUAAUGGUCAGUUUCUGUUUCCUCUUGAAUAUCUUCUUCUUGAAUGUCUGCAGCUCCAGAAUGACCUGGAUCAGGAAUACCAGGAUAAAUUCCGGCGGCUUCCGUUGGAGAUCCAGGAGUUUGUGCAGGAAAGCACUAAGAGAAAGACUGAGGAUGGAGAUGCGGAGAUGCUUCCCUCGUCCUCCACACUGGAGAAACUCACACAGUCAGAGGACGACACCGAGGAGGAGAAGAAAGACUGAGAGACAGAUGAAGAUUUCUGCUCCUCUGUUGAUGACCAGGAAGGAGAAAGCAGAUCUUCACUGUAGAACCAUCAGUUUUCUGUAAAGGUGCACUGAGACAAUAUUAACAAACCAUGCAGAUGUUUAAGAGCAGCUAAUCAAACACGCCCAUACCCCAACAGGCCACGCCCCCUUUUGAUAUGUUCUAUCAUUACUAGACACGCCCACUUUCUGCUGAUUGGCUGUGUUUUAGGACACUGUGGUCAAAUAUUACUCAGUGCACUUUUAAUGGGAGAAGCUCACAAACACACGUCCUGAUCGAAAUCAGCUGUCACUGACCAAAAAAUGUAAAAAAAUAAACAAAUCUGGGUCAUAUUUCACCUCAAAUAUACGUUCAUCACAAAAAAUCCUACAGGAUUCAGGAAAUUUAUUAGGAGUUUUGCGUUUUGUUUAUAAUAAUCCAGGCCACUUAAUAAGGUACACCUAACUAACUGCUCAUUAAUGCAAAUUUCUAAUCAGCCAAUCACAUGGCAGCAACCCAAUGCAUUUGGGCAUGUAGACAUGGUCAAGAGGAUCUGCUGCAGUU